AUUAAAUGUAUAUGUGUUGGUGUGUGCAUAUUUAUUAUACAAAUAAUAUACAUAUAAUUAUUAAGAUGAGUUAAAUCGCGAUAAUGCGAUACAGACGAACAGUUAUAUGUAAAUAUUAUCAAGUAGCUUAUUAGAUCUAUCAGUGAAGUUUCGGAAGAUAGUUGUUUGUUAAUAUUUUAUUUUUGUUUAUUGACGUGCAAAAUAAUUUUAAAUAGGUUGUUUUUGGUUGUUAUUUCUCUUUUAACUUUAGAAAUCAUAGCCUUCAACACACAAUUUAAGAGAAUUCAAUUGACCACCUGAGUAAGGUUUUAUUGUUUUACUGAACAGAACGAUGCAGCACAGUAGUGGAGUGAUUGGAAAACAUGAAACUAUUAAAACUGCUAAACAUAAUGGAGGUAAUAUUGCUGGAUUAUAUAAUCUUGAACAAACAUUAGGAAAGGGUCAUUUUGCUGUUGUCAAAUCAGCCAGACAUGUAUUUACUGGUGCACAAGUUGCUGUGAAAGUAAUUGAUAAAACUAAGUUAGAAGAAGUUUCUAGAAAUCAUCUGUAUCAAGAAGUUAGGUGUAUGAAAUUAGUUCAACACCCUAAUGUUGUAAGACUAUAUGAAGUAAUUGAUACUCAAAGUAAAUUAUACAUCAUUCUUGAAUUGGCUGAUGGUGGUGAUUUAUACGAUUACAUAAUGAAACAUGAUGGUGGAUUAUCAGAAAAACUUGCUUGUGAAUAUUUUGCUCAAAUUGUCCGAGCUAUAUCAUACUGUCAUAAGUUACAUGUUGUCCAUAGAGAUUUAAAACCUGAAAAUGUAGUAUUUUUUGAGAAAGAGGGAGUUGUAAAAUUGACUGAUUUUGGCUUUAGUAACACAUUUUGUCCUGGUCAAAAACUGCAAACAUCUUGUGGUUCUUUAGCUUAUUCAGCUCCUGAAAUUUUAAUUGGAAACUCUUACAAUGCUACUGCUGUUGAUAUUUGGUCAUUAGGUGUUAUAUUGUAUAUGCUAGUUUGUGGAGAAGCGCCUUUUCAUUCAGCUAAUGAUAGUGAAACACUUACUAUGAUUAUGGACUGUAAAUAUAAAGUAUCUAGUCAUGUGUCUGAAGAAUGUAAAAAUCUUAUUGGUCAAAUGUUAGUUCGCAAUCCUGAUAAACGUGCUACUCUUGAAGAAAUUGCUGCAAAUGUGUGGCUUAAAAAUGCUCAAUCAUAUGAUGACGAAAGUCCUCUAGUUACUAAACAAUUAAUUAGUGAAGAAGAUCACGCUUUAAUUAUUCAAAAAAUGAUUACUGGUAAAAUUGCAUCAAAAGAAGAAAUUAUUGAAGCUUUGGAUAAAAAUGAAUACAAUCAUAUAACAGCUACAUACUAUUUACUUGCUGAAAGAAAGUUGGCAUCUACUACUCAAAAUAAAUCUCACACUUCAAAAAAUACAAAUAUUCCUAAUUUUAAAAUUGAUAAUUGCAAUGGUACCAAUGCCUCAGAUAAUGUCAAUGUAAAACCUACAUCUGCAGUAUUUGAAACUUUAUUACCUGAUCAUCCUAAAAGAACUAGAAAAUGUAGUGUGGUAGAAGAAGAAGAUGAAGCUGAAAACGAAGAUGAAGAUGGUAAUAGUCAAACAAGAAGAGCAUCGAGAUCUGAGAGUAAAUUAAGUAGUGUUGUAUCUGAAAUACAGAGACUAAUUGAACCUAUUACUGAAUUUCAAGAGUAUAAUACAGCACCUACUCCUUUAAUUAUUAACAAAACACCAUCUCAUUAUACAAGUUCUCAACAUAUGUCACAAAUGCUUCCAGAUGAUAAACAUAGAGUAGGCAAUUACAUAACUUAUGAACAAAGAAGAACUAAAAUGCAUAAAAAUCGAACAGCAUCUUGCAGUAGUUCAGAAACCAGUGAUGAUGAUACAGAUGGCCGUAAAAAGCGAGGAAGUAGUAAAUCAUUGGCAUCAUUUAAAGGGAACGACAGAGACCCUGAUGGUGAUGGAAUGGGAAAUUCUGGUGGUCAAGGAUCAGAACCCUCAUUAGAUCAAGAUGAAAAUAAUCGUGAAGGAGACAGUAAUUAUACUAAUAAGGCAGAAAAAAGCAAUGGUAAUAAUAGUGUACCUGGUAAACGACAUUGUAUGAAUGCGACUUCAAGAAGUCGAAGAGGUCGGUCAGCAGAAACAAGAUUAAGAGAAAGUCAGAGCUUGAAUCGCAUAACUGAAGUUCAAGAAUCUGAGAUUAAUACAUCCAAUUUGGUUUAUGCUACUAAUCAUUUUAUUUAUAACACAAAAACUGAAAAGGAUACUUCAAAUAGUGUGAAAACAGAAUCUAUCAAAAGUAGUAUAUCAAGCAUGCCACAGCAAAAGAAAGUUCAACCAUCUAAACAUACUUCUCUUCUUAGCAAAUAUUUAAACUUACAAAAAAAAUUAUGCACACAAAUUUUAUUUGGUAAAAAAAGUACUGAUAAUCAGUUAUACAAAGCAAAAUCAUGUUCAGAAAUGGUUAGUUCAAAUACUGUUGUAAGAGAAGUAAGUGUUGAUAGGUAUUAAUUAUUAACUAAUAUCUAAAUCAUUUAUGUAAUUUAAAGUAUUUAUUUUUAGAACAAAAAAAAUUUUUAAUCCUUAAUUAUUUUAUAGUACCUUAAAAUUAUAUUUUUUCUUGUUAUAAAACUUAUUGUUAUACAUACUUUUUUAAUUUUAAUGAACAACUCAAAUGAAUCUAUUUUUUUGACACUGGUAGUUAGUUGUCUUUAUUUAGUUAUUUGAAUUUUAAAUAGACUAUUAAUUCAUAUUAGCAAUAAACCAAAGUGAAUGAACUUGAGCAAGUUAUUAUUUGAAUAAUUUACUCAGCUUCUCUGUAAUUUACAAGAUUACAACCCUUAUGACUUGAUAUCAUAAUAAACCCAUAAUAUUGUAAAAAUAUUUUAAUUUUAUUUAUUUUGAUAUAUAAUAGGUGUUAAUAGUAAAUUAAUUCAUAAAACUGACUAGUCAAUAAUUCCCUCUCCUUAUAUGUAAUUCAAUUUGAUUGACAUUAUAGUGCUGAUUGUUAGGUCUAUUAAUCUAGUUAUUUAUUUUCUAUAAUAAGUAUUAAAGUAAAUUUAUUAGUAUUAAAGUUACAUAAUAUUUUUAAGGAAGUUUGCUGUAGAUAUUAGUUUGAAUUGUGUAAAUAUUUUUGUUCAAAA